GACAUAUUUUCUUAUUCGCUAAUAAAUUAGAAGUUUUCACAACAACAACAACAACAACAAUUUAACAGAAGCUAUAAUUAUAUAACAAAAAUGGGAAAAAUCAGCAAGAUUCUGGUAUGUGGGCAUGCAGGUGUUGGGAAAACGGCAAUCAUAGAGCAACUAAUGUAUGACAACCACAAAGUUGGAACGUAUAUGCAUUCAACAAUUGAGGAUAUUUAUACAGCAAUGAUAGAGACAGAUAGAGGAGUGAAAGAAAAAGUCCGGAUCUUUGAUACAGGAGGGCUUGAUGGAGUAAAAACAGACAUGCCAAAACACUUCUUUACUUUUCCUGAAGGUUUUGUUCUGGUAUAUGAUGUAACAAACUGGGAUUCCUUCCAGAAAUUGGAGAAGAUUAAAAGGGAUAUUGAUAAAAACAAGGAUAAAAAAGAAGUUCAUAUUAUUGCGAUUGGCAACAAUAAAAGUGAAAACCAAGAAGAUAGACAAGUAGAUUUUAACACUGCUCAGACCUGGGCCACGAGUGAAAAAGUGAGGUUAUGGGAAGCCAAUGUACCAAAUAGACAAUCUCUGGUUGAACCAUUUGUAUGGUUGACAUCUAGAAUUACACAACCACAGAGUAAAUCAGGAUUCUUGCCUAGCAGAAAAGCGAAAGGAACCAGUAGUAAUACUAAUAUGGAUGGAUAAUGUAGAAUUAGAGACUUGAUAUAGGGUACCAGCUUUAAUGUGUAAACAGGAUUUGGGAACCGGAAGUAUUACUCAUUCUUGUAUUUAAAGGAUAGAUAUAAAUGGAAACAAGAAAUAUGAACAAUGGUGUGACUAGAUGUAGGAUAGCAUCUUCUAAGAAAUGAAAUUGUGGGAACCAGGCAUAUUGCUUUCACUAGUAUUUAGAUAUAUAUUUCAAAACAAAGAAAAAAUGAUAAGAAAAUGAGGAAGGACUUUGUGUAUGGACACUUAGUGGUUAAGGAAAUAAAAAUACUGGAAACAAAUAAAACAGUCCUGAACAAACUAAAUGAAAUAAAAAGGGCUUUGAAUAUGUUUGAUAUUUUAUAGAUUAUAGAUUAACUUGUAAUCAAGUGGGUUUUUUCCAGCUAAUGAGGCUAUGAAAAAUUUUGUCACCUCAUUGCAACGCUUGUUUUGGCCACUUAACCACUUCUUUUGGCCACACGUUUUAGGCACUUGAAUGCUUGUUUUAGCCACUUGAAUGCAUGUUUUGGCCAAUUGAACACUUGUUAUGGCCACUUCUACACGUGUUUCAGCCACUUAAAUGCUUAAUUUAUAGGAAGCUGAUAAAAGACACUAUCCACUGAACAACUCAAAGAUAAAUUUAUAGUACUCGUCUACAGUGCUAUUUUAUGGGAACUUCUUUUUCAAACAUCUGUUACAACUUUUCUUACUGCAACCUAGGUGUUAUUUAAAUGAUAAAUCAUGUAAUCAUGUCUUGAUUCUCCCCAAAAAGAGUCUGGUAAAAUUAAAUGCAAACUGCAAAAUCAUUAUAAUUCAAUGGACACUAGUUUUUCUGGAAUUUAUGAUCCAGAGAAAUUUCAUUUUGUCUGUGCUAUUAUUAUUGGCAUUACAUUAUUUGCAUUUUACUUUUUGCAAAAACAGACAAACCCAUGAAAAAGUCAUUUUUUAACAAAACUGUGAAAUUUCAUUCCCAUAAAACAAAAUAGACAGUAUUACAUCUUAAAGAGAGUUAAAAGUGAAUGAGGUUUUGAAUCAGUAUAGUACACUUGAACUUUUCUUUUUGCAUUAUGUUUUUUUUGUUUGAAAACUAAAUAUUUUCUGAACCAGAUAUAUACAAUGGAACCAAAAACUUAAAAUGAAACCAAAUACUUAAAAUGGGUCCAAAUACUUUAAAUGGAACCAAAUACAUAAAAUGGAUCAAUAUGUUUAAAAUGGAACCAAAUACUUGAAAUGGAUCCAAAUGCUUAAAAUGGAACAAAAUACUUAAAAUGGAUCCAAAUACUUAAAAUGAAACCAAAUACACAAAAUGAAACCAAAUACAUAAAAUGGAACCAAAUGCUUAAAACGGAACCAAAUGUAUAAAAUGUUUAAUAUUUCUAUUUCCAAAGAAAUUCCGUUACACUCCAAGUAUCAUAAAUCAAAACCAUUUAAAUGGGACCUGUGCAAUACUUUUAUUUAAAUAAACCAGAUUUCAGGAUGAUUUAAGUCUGAAAGUACAGCAAUGUCAUUGGUCAAUAUAAAAAAAUUUGUUUGCAGCAUUAACCAAUAAGAUUCAGUAGUAUUUUAAGACCGGUUUACAUGUUCUUAUUAUAUAACUGCUUCUUCACAAUUUGAGAUGAAACAAAAAUCAGGAACAAAAAUAUUUCAGUAUAGGAGUAAUUUAUUAGCAGCAAGCAUUGAAUUUUUCUGACAAAUUUGAAACAGAAUAAAACAGAAAAUUCAGUAAAUAUUUGCUUUGUUUGGACAAAGAACUUUAAUUUGGUGUAAACUCAGUAUUUUUGUAUAUCAUAUUAUUCAUGCAAAACUAAAUUUGUAAGCUAAAAGCCUUGAACCUUUAUAACAAAAAGUCUUCAGUUAAACAGAGAAAAGUUAGAAAAUUAAAAUGUUUUGUACCAUUGUUUGGACAAUUUGUUUCAUUUGCUGUAAACAUAAUAAUUUUUAUGUAUCAUUUAUAUUGUUCAUGCAAAACUUUAAAAACUGAAUGAAUGGCAUAUACAUGAAAUAUCAUCGUGAAAUUUACAUGUUGUAAAUGUUUAACUUAUUUAACUCCUUUAUUGUAAUAUUCAGUUUCAUAUUGGCCAAUGUCAUUGGGAUACAUGUACUGUAUAUUUAUAUUUUUCAAA